AUGGUACAGAAUACUCCGCGGAGAGGGAGGCGGGCUGCGAAAGCCUGUACAUUCUGUCGUCGAAGGAAGCUGCGCUGCGAUAACGGACAGCCCACUUGCACGAACUGUGAGGUGUACGAUAAUGAAUGUGUCUACCCCGCGGACACGGCAAGACAAAGGUGCAAAAACCAUAGACCGACAAAGGCCCGCCUUGCUCGGCUCGAGGUGGAGAAUGAACAGCUUCGUCGGCAACUUGGAGCUGCCGAGACUCACUCCCCCGAUACAAGCAGAACAUCUGAGUGUAGACAGGGCUCCUUGAGACUGGAGUCGCAAGAGCUGCUAAGCACUACACCCAGUGGACCGCGCUGCGACAGUGGACAGCCGGAAGCCAGGACUUUAGAGCACUCUCAGUCGGCUGUCUCGCGCAUCUUUAUCUCGCCGAAUGGCGAUUCUAGCUACCAUGGUCUCACCAGUACUUUGUUUGAUGACGCUCCAACCGAUAGACGCGGUCACGGACGACCUGCUGAUCAGCGUUCCCCGGCGGACCAUGCAUUGAAUUUUCGCCAUGGGAAACUGGAUUUUGAUGGUGUUGAUCCGGAAUUGGGCAUGCAUCUGCUUUCGCUGCAUUGGAACCGACAACACCACUCAUUUUUGAUCACUUACCGCCCAGCCUUUAUGCGCGAUAUGGCUUGCGACGGCCCAUACUUCUCCAAGCUCCUGCUCAAUGCAAUCUACUUUGGAGCCUCCAAAUUCAGCAACCGACCAGAGGUCCGUCGGGAUCCGAACGAUGUGCGUACUGCGGGCUGGACCUUUCGGAUGCGAGUCAAGGAGCUUCUUGGGAGCGCUCUCGAUCGCAGCGAAAUUACCACGAUUCAGGCCCUUUUGGUGAUGACCAGCUCAUUGUUUGCAUUGGGCGAUGAACGCAGUGCUGCCUGGCUUUACGCCGGUACUGCAUUUCGAAUGAUUAUUGACCUCGGAAUGCAUGUUGACGCAACUAUGCUAUCGAACAUGCGUCGGCUCUCGGAUGAAGAUCUGGAGAUUCGUCGACGCGUCUUCUGGGGCGCUUUUGUCGUCGAUAAGAUCCAGUCCUUGUACCAGGGUCGUCCAGCCAGUCUCCAGGACUUUGACACCAAGGUCUCAAUUGUCUUCCUGGAUGAUUUUGAGGAGCUUGAAGAAUGGCAGCCAUUUGCAUAUUCGGAAAUUGCGCUCCCCGCCUACAGCGUGUCAACUUUCACGGAACUUUGCAAGCUUUCCCUGAUUUUGAAUGGCAUCCUCAACAAAGUGUACUCGGAGAGAAGCUCUACGCGUUCAACAACUGAACAUCUAGACACUCUGCAGUCCUUGGAUCAGCAACUCAAGACCUGGCACGAGGCAGUCCCAGAUCACUUGCGAUUCAACCCCAGUACAAGCCAGAUACCCCCACCACCUCAUGUGAUCUCGCUUCUCGCGCUAUACAAUGUACUGCUCAUCCUUCUUCAUCGACCAUUUGUUGCAGAGGGCCAUCUUCACACCACCGACCUAUCAGUUGCAAUCACCUCAUUUAGCACGUGUACGGUGGCUGCAAAUCGGAUUAUUCAGCUUCUCCAAGCUUAUGAUCAGACAUAUUCAAUCCGACGUGCACCGUACUUGAUCUCCUAUGCUACUUACGUGGCGGCGACCAUCUUCGUACGGGUUGCUGCUCAAAAGGAAGGAGGCAGCAGAGCCCAUGCCAGCUUGCGGACCUGUCUGAACAUCUUCAAAAAAAACCAGGAGACGAACUGGGCUGUCCGUAGAGCCGAGAACGUCAUUCUUCAUUUAAUGAGCCGAAUGGAAGUCUCUUUAGACAGCCGCGACAUUGACGAUGACGGACGAGGAUCCUAUAAUUCUUCCAAAAAGGCUGUGGUUCAGAGUCAAGCACCUUACAGCUCGGGGUACGGGUCAAAUAUCAACGCAAGACCGGCCACUGAGUACGGGACACCUGCAUCUGCAGAACUGGACGAGCCAGAACUCGAUAUUGACAUGAUCAUUCAAAGCUUUAUUCGCCAGGAUAACAGGCUGGGCGAUGGUCAAAGUCACCACGACAACCCCGAUAAUCAAUAUAUGGGGUCGGAUCCGUUGACAUCUGGGACACAAAACAACCCGACUUCAAGCAUGAUGCCUUCAUACGGUGAUAUAUAUGCUGGUCCACGUAUUGAAGAUGACAUGCUGUUUGGAUUCAAUGGUUCAAUUCAAGACACCCUUAUGUAUUGA